UUGCUGAUGAUUAUGAUGAAGAGGAUGAUGUGCCAGUCAGGUAACAAGGUUUCAUGGAGAAGAAAAAGGAAAUGUUGCUUAGCAACCAGAAGUUCCAGGCAGGAAAAUUCUUAAUUCUACAAUGAGAAAAUAAUAAGCAUUUGGAAAGGCAAGAAAGCAUGUGCCUAAAAAAGUAAGGAUCCUGAAGUGCCAUCCUUGGUUAUGAGUAGAUCUGCUUGAAGCCUAGGAGUUGAGGAGAUGACUUCUCAAGGUUGCAUCUAGCCCUGUGAUUCUUAGCCACUUCUGCAGGCCUUCUAGGGAUGGGAAACACACAACUUAAGGAGAGGCCCUAGAAGAACCCAGAGAAGAAAUUGGCGAGGGAGCACAAGGAGACCCGGUGAGCCGCAGUAAGAGGAGUUCUGCUAGGAAGAUGCUGAAAGUCACCGCUCCCACCUCUACUUCCUCCUCCAGUUCUAACUCGUCUACCUUGACUGGGAGCUCCUCGGCCACUCCCGACUAUUGGAUCGAUGGGUCCAAUAAAGACUCUUUGGAUGAUUUCUUCGAGGUGGAGACGGAGCUGGGAAGGGGUGCUACAUCAGUUGUGUACAGAUGUAUCCAGAAGGGGACACAGAAGCCUUAUGCUCUCAAAGUGCUAAAGAAAACAGUAGACAAAAAAAUAAUUCGAACUGAAAUAGGAGUCCUUCUUCGCCUUUCACAUCCAAAUAUCAUAAAACUAAAAGAGAUAUUUGAAACACAAGCAGAAAUCAGCCUGGUUCUGGAAUUGGUCACAGGAGGGGAACUGUUUGAUAGAAUUGUGGAAAAAGGCUAUUACAGUGAGCGUGAUGCAGCACAGGCAGUUAAACAAAUCCUGGAGGCAGUUGCUUACCUACAUGAAAAUGGAAUUGUCCAUCGUGAUCUUAAACCUGAGAAUCUUCUCUAUGCAACUCCAGAACCAGAUGCACCACUCAAAAUAGCUGAUUUUGGGCUUUCUAAAAUUGUGGAGGAUCAAGUUACCAUGAAGACUGUUUGUGGAACACCAGGAUACUGUGCACCUGAAAUUCUUAGAGGAUGUGCCUAUGGACCUGAAGUGGAUAUGUGGUCCCUGGGAGUAAUCACCUAUAUCUUACUUUGUGGAUUUGAACCAUUCUAUGAUGAAAGGGGAGAUCAGUACAUGUUUAAGAGAAUUCUGAACUGUCACUAUCGUUUUGUCUCCCCCUGGUGGGAUGAUGUGUCUUUGAAUGCCAAGGAUUUGGUGAGGAAACUGAUUGUUUUGGAUCCUAAGAAGCGUUUGACCACAUUCCAAGCUCUGCAGCACCCUUGGGUCACAGGGAAGGCAGCUAAUUUUGUACAUAUGGACACUGCCCAAAAGAAACUCCAAGAAUUCAAUGCAAGGAGAAAGCUUAAGGCUGCAGUGAAAGCAGUGGUGGCCUCCAGCCGACUGGGCAGUGCCAGCAGCCACAGUAACUAUCUUCAGGAAAGCUGUCAGUCCAACAUUACUCCAAUGUCCAAUGAAGACAAUGAGGAGAAAGAAAAUGCACCUCAGAAGGAAACAGAAGGUCAAGAACAAAGCUCAACUGAGGUAGUAAUUGCAGUAAUAGAAGCUCAAGAUGAAGUAGAAAUGAGUAACAAAGAGGAACCCCAAACAGAACCUGAGGCUGCAGCAGAAGCCCCUACCUGGAGAAGGAGAAACCCCGGGAGUCAGUGCGCAAGAAGGGGAAGGGCUGCAAGAGUCCUAAAAUCACCCCUUUCCCAAUAG